AUGGAUUACCUUGGUCCAGCUGUUUUGUUGGAAUCCCAACACUACGACCAGGGCUUAAUCCUCCUAACUGCGAUGCGUAAGGCUAUUUCCACCAAGAACAUCGGAUUCCUGUCCACGAUGCUGGAGUACCCAAGCCUCCGCCAACUGGUCAACGUGGUCAUCCCUGGCGGGAGUCACGGUGCGCGUUCCACCCUUGUUCAGCAAGCCUCUCUGUGUGCGUCGAGCAGAAGUGGUGAAUUCCGGGACAUUACGGGCAUGGAUACAAUCCUUUCGGCACUUGUUCGCAAGGGAGGGGCCAGCCUGGGUCCAUAUCCUGCUGGUCACGGUAAUGAAGGGAUGUCACCACUCCUUGAAGCACUCAGGCGGGACCAGUACGAAACAGCCGAAAAUUUACUGCGUCUCGGCUGCGAUCCUGACGGAAAGUACGGCUUCACUGGGAGUCAGACCACGCAGACCGCGCUGCAAUGGCUCAUUUACCACGAACGGGCGUACAGACGAGAGAACCCAGAAUGGGUCAACGGCGGGUUCGGUUAUCACCGAAACCCUUCAUACCGUGACCGUCUUCCAUUAUUUGCCCGCAGGGAAAGGGCGAAGGAAACCAUCAAGACAUUUCUCUGCCAUGGAGCAUCGCCAAUGCUCAAGGGUGGCAAGCUCAACUCCACCCCGCUCGAGCACGCCAUCUCACACGGCGUUCCGUUUCUACCUCUCACGCACCCAGUGGCCGCAUACAAGCUGUUGAAGCUUUUCCUGAAGCACAUCAAGAAUGCCAAGAUCACCGCAGCCGCCCGAAAAAGGACGAAAACGUGCAUGGACCGGAUCAGCACGGAUCUAAGGGCUGAACGAGGUGUGUUCACUCUGUCGGACUGGCGUGUGAGAGCCAGACUGAGGCUGGCAGGGCAUCUAAUUCAUCACGAGAAAAGAGACGGGCCCAUUCUCCUGUUUUGGAAAGGCUGGUCUCAUGGAGCGAAUGGAGGGCGGCUGGUGAGGAGCAGGGACUGA